UUUUAUUUUAAUUUAAAGGCUGGAUUUGGUUGUGGCAUGAUAAUUAUGUUUGUUAUGGGUGGUAUAUGCUUCUACACUGCAUAUAGAAUUGUGAGCUUGCGGUAUAUGGCAGAAUUCCCACGAACAGCUGUGGAAUUUCCUGACCUCUGUCGACAUCUCUUAGGAGCUUGGGCUGAAUGGGUUGCCACUUUCUUUUCUCUAAUACCUUUACUUGGAGGAGCAGUUGUAUACUGGGUGCUGAUGUCAAAUUUUUUGUACUUCAUUGGAGUAUAUGUUUAUGAAUCAUUAAAAUCUGGAGGCAGCAAUCUCACUUUGAAUGAUUCUAAUUACACAGAUGUGUACUGCCCUUCUGCAACUCCAUUAAAUAAUAGUUUUAGUGUGCCAUAUUUGUCUGAUCACUCUAACAGCACAAAGGAAAUAUUUUACCAAUACUGGGAAAUGGAUGGGACAAUUCCAUUCUAUAUUGCCGCUUGUUUUGCUCCACUAGUCAGCUUGAAAUCACCUACAUUUUUUACCAAACUUAAUGCUUUAGGCACUUUAUCUGUGGUGUAUCUGAUGAUCUUUGUAAUUGUGAAAGGAGCUAAGUGGGGACUUCAUUUUAAUACUGUAGAUCCUUCUUCUGUAGAUUAUGUAAAAUUAUUCCAGAUCACAUUUCCUGUUCUUGUUGGUACAUUAUCUCUGUCGUUCUUCAUACAUAACUGUGUUUUGUCGAUUAUGAGAAACCAAAAGCAGCCAAAAAAUAAUGCUCGAGAUUUAGCUAUCGCAUAUGUACUUGUUGGAGCCACAUAUCUGAUUAUUGGCUGUGUCUUCUUUGUCACAUUUCCUUUCGAAAAAAAUUGUAUUGAAGAUAAUCUACUGAAUAACUUUCGAAGUAAUGAUUUACUAGCUGUGAUAACAAGAGUAUUUCUCCUUUUCCAAGUGCUGACAUUAUAUCCUUUGAUAGUUUACAUUUUGCGUGUACAGAUUAUGCAUUUUGCCUUUGGCUCUAUAUAUCCAAGUUGGAAACAUGUCAUGGUUCUCAAUUUCAUAGUCCUGGCUAUAUGUAUUUUAUUCAAUGUGUACUUGCCAAAAGUUGGAACUAUUAUAAGGUACUGUGGUGCUAUUUCUGGAUUAGCAUAUAUAUUUACUCUCCCUUGCAUAACUUAUAUGAAAGCUUUGAAAGACAGAAAUCAAUUGACUGCAACUUCUUUAACAAUACAUAGUUUUAUCAUCAUUUUAGGGCUCUGCAACUUCUUUUCUCAAUUUUUUGUACAUGCAGUGUAAAAAAAAUAAAAAUGUUUUCUAUUAAAAAAAAUGCAUUUGAAAAGAUUUUAUUAGAGUUCUGAAACAUAUAUAAUUCAGUGAGCAUCUUAUAUGUUUAAAAAUGUUUCUUAGAAACAAAUAAUUACAAUAAAAUGUGAUAUUUAUAUUUCAAAGUACUCUGAGAAAGAGAUGCAAGCAUAAAAUAAAUGUUAAUGCAUAACUGAUUUUUUUUAAUUGAUUAAAAAAACUUAUUAAUUGUAACAAGAGGGCUGCAGGUUUAAAGUAGCGACUCACUGUUUUAUAAUCCCUGAGUAUAACACUUUGAAUUUAAAUACUAUCUGUUUUAGACUAUAUUUAAAUUCUAAUUUAAUUCUUACAUUCAGUAUAUACUGUUUGAUACAAAUAAUGUGAUUGUGAGUACAAUAUGCAUGAUUUGGACCAAUUUAUUUAUGAAAUAAAAUAGAUGGAUAUGUUUAUUUAAAUUUCAUGUAUUUAACAGACUAUUAAAUCAAUAUGUAUGACAUGUAAAUUGGCUUACAGUGUGUGGCAAAUAUUAUACAAAAAACAGUUAUGUAAUGUAUGUAGUAAGUCUCUGUUGCUUUAUUUAUUGCAUGAAUCGGUGUUUAGUUUUUGAAAAUUUGCUUCUAAAAACAGACCAUAUAAACAUGGUGAUAUUAUGUUUCCUUUCCACAUGAAGAUUUUUGUCUUAUAAUAUAGAGUCACUUUUUGUUAGAUUUUAGUGUAAAUUUCUUUUCUGUUUGUUUGGUUUUAUAAUUAUAGCAACAAAUCUUAAAAAAUGAAUACAAACACACAGUUGUUUUUUAAAUGUUAUUGUAUAUUUGUUUAACAUAUUAAGAGAAACAAGGUAGCAUCAUUCUUCAAAUUUUUUUAAUAACUAAAUGAAAUUUGGGGUCUAGAUAAUUUGAAUGUUUGGUGUUUUAUUGUAGCAUUAAUAAGCAUAAUCAAUUUUAGCAUUCUCAUAUGUACAUAAUUUUUGUCAAUAAUGAUUGCUUGUAAUCUUUUUAGUUUAUGCUGCAUGCUCUUUUUAGUUUAUGCAUAAUUUCAAGAUAUUGUGUACAUGAUGUUGUAUAGUUACAAAUAUAUAUGAAAGGCUUUUUUUACCAAAUUGCCAACCUGUUUUGAUUAAUAGCAUGCUUACUUGAAAAUGCACGAUCUGGCAACACAGUGGUUUGCACUUUGAAUAAUUUAUUUCAAAUUCCUUCUCUUCCUCUUCUCUUCCAUUACAUUUAAUAUGUGAUAUGUAUCUGGUGUUGUCUAAUAAGUUUGUCAAUAUGUUGCCUGUAUUCAACAUGCAAAUCACCUCAGUAAUUGUUUUCUGCCUAAUAUUUCUCUAUUUCCAUGUAAAUUUAUAUUUAAUAUGUUUUACAUGUUAUAGGGAUCUGAGAAUGACAUUUUGCUAAUUUUUUUUAUUUAUUUACUUACAUAUGGAAUAUCAUGUACCUCAGUAUCUUCCCAAUGAAAAUAUUAUUUUAUUAUUAAAUGAAAUUAUUGUUAUUUUUUGGCUAACUAAUUAUAUACAGUAGAAUUUCAGUAUGUUGAACUUAAAUCAAAAUGUAAAAUUCAGAAAUCAUAUUAACUUAUCUAAGUAGCAUAGACUUUUUCCCCCUGGUCUCUCCUAUUUGAGUAUAUUGAAGGUCUACUAGAUUUUAAAAGUGCUUAUGGAAUGUAUAUUUGUAACCAUACCAGUAAAAGUUAAAAUGUUAGUUUAAAUGUUGUAUAAUGCGACAUCAAAAACUAAGUGGGGUCUAUAAAUGUGUUCAAUUCAAAGAUUUUAGAGUAUACUUUUUAAGGUUUCAUGAUUUACCUGUGUGUUGUGACUUAUCAGUUGAGAAAUGUGUAUUCAUAAUAAGGAAUGAGCUUAGUAUUACCUGUUAUUUUUUAAUGCUGCAUUAGUACAUUUUUUUAAAUCUAAUGUUAUGCAACCUCACAGUUAAGGCUUAUUUUUGGUGUAGAGGACAUGCUUUAUUUUAGUUUUUCAUUUUGUUUUAUCAUGUGUGUGCGUGCAUAUGUAUAUUACAUACAUCAUACAUGUAUGAUAUUAAAUUAAGGAUGAGCUUGAAAAGUGAUCACUUGGGUGAUAAAUGUGUCAGAAAAUCAGCUGCAUGGUACCAAUGCAUAGAUUGUCAAAGAAGCCUCCUGACUGAAAUAAAAAAAUGUCUCCAGCUACCAUUAUGUAUAUGCAUGGAUGUGUGCGUAUAUGUAUGUAUGUAUAUAUACUAUAUACACACUCGUAUUAACUUAUAUAAAUACAUGGUACCCAUAAAGUCGAGACCAGUUUAGUUAAACAGGAUGAAAUUAUUGAAAUAAAUUAAUGAGGAUGAAGUAAUGUAAUGCACUUUAAUAUGACUGCCUUUCACUUCAAAACUCAUCUCCAAUGUUCUGUUGUUACUCGAAACUUUUAUUUUUAUAUCUGAAAUGUAUUACCUUCAGCAGUUUAUAUUCAGUUUCAAGGUUUUUAAAAAUUAUUGACUUUCAUUUGAUAAAAACCCAAGCACUGGUAGUUUAUUCUGGGUUCAAAUUCUGAUGAAUAGGCUGGCUGCAUGAAAGAUCCCAUAUUUUUCUGAAUAGGUGAUAUAAAUGCAAGUGAGUUUCUCUUAGAAGGUCCUCCAUGAAGGAAUUCUUUUCCUAUAUACAGAUAUCUCUCAUAAGCUUUGCCAUAAUCUAACUAAUGUCAGUUGAGUAUGCUGACCAAAGUCUUUGUCUAUUCCUGUGCGAAGAAAAGCUAUAUUGAGAUAAUCAUAAACAUCAAUUGUGAAAUAUGAUGAUACACUGUCCUGUUAAAACAAAGUUUGCAAAAUUCUGUUAAGAAUUAGUAGCAGCUUCAGAAUGUUUUACUAAAACAGCAGACUGAUGCAGUUGGACUGUGGUUCACUUGCUAAACUCUUUGCCCAAUUAUCUUUAAAUUUUGUUGAAACUUCUAUCUGAACUUCUUUCAUUUUCUACAGUGCUUGUUCUCAAAUUUUAUUUAAUGAGAAGUUGAAUAUUUGGAGCUGAGUUUUCAAAAAAUUAUGCUCAAAUUUGACUUGAGGCUUCAUAUGGUAAUGCUGUUAAACAUAUUACAAUAAGAACUUGUUGUUAUCAUUCUACAGUCAGUUCUUGGCACGUAAAGCAGAAAUAAUUACAUUUUAACCAAAAUGGAUCAAGAAUUUAGAGAUACCUUAUUUAUCCAUAUAUACAUGUGUUAUAUUUACGUUUAAUUAAUUCAAUUGUCCAUUGAGACGAAUUGUCAAAGUACAUGUAAUGUGUGUAGUUUUGUAACCAGUGCAGGGAAUGUAUAUUGCAGAGGCACCCAUGUGGUCAAUGGUAUUUUGAGGCCCUUGACCCAUAAACACUGCUGUUUCAUCAAUAGUAGUCAUGUUCAGGAGUUGCUGCCAUCAAUGAAACACUUCAAUGCAAGUGCACAUUUAAUCACUUCAGUAUCUCUUGAUUUGAAGAGUGUUGUCGAUGUUCUUAAAGACAAUGCGUGUUGCUGAAGGAAGCCAUUUGCCCAGUGUUGUGAUGCUUUGAAUUCAUCUGGAAAUAUGUCUAGCUGUGGUGGUGCUAUUACAAGGGCAUAUGCUUGAAUAUCAGCCCUGCAAACAAUCAAACACUUUGCCCUGCUGUUAGUAAUCCAUUCGCAGAUGUGUGCAGAGUUCAGGAAAUAAUGCUUCUAGUUAUUUACCUCAAACAACCUAUCAAUUGAUAUUUAUUGUAAUUUCAUCGCCAUUUCUGGACAAUUCGCAGAUUUAAUUUCUUCUCUUUUCAGAAAGCUGCAAGACUUUUAAUUCCUAGAGUUUCCCACAAGAGUUUUCUUGUGCUCAACGGAAUAGGUUUAUCUUUUUGCAUUCAUUUUAUCUGAGCAUCAAAAUUUAUUAUCCUUUAAGUUUAUUAUUAAAUCAGGUGCUAAAUGUUCAUUGCUUAUGCAAUAUAUUGAAUACUGAAGAUUCUAAUUAUUGCAACCAUGUCUGUUUCAUAUUUGCAUGUGUGUUGCUUCUGCCUUUUGGGAAUAAAGUGCCCAUCUGGCUGAUGAUUUAAACUAAGUCUUAUAUAAAAAGUACCCUGAAAAAUCAUGCUAGAGCUUAUUUUAUGUAUAGGUCUUAAUUUCAGAGAAACAUGGUAUUUAAUUGUUCAGAAUAAGUAGUUUAAAAUCCUAUAAAUAUUUCUGUGUAAUUCUUUUCUCUAACAUGAAUCUCUUAUUUGUCUCAUACAUAUAUCUUUCAGAAAAUUAUUUAUUGAGGCACUGUUGAAUUUAUAAAUCUCUAAAAUUCUACUGAAUAUAUGUAAAUGUUUUUGUAUUUUUGCAUACUGUGAUCUUUAAGGGAAGAAUGUAUUCUAUAGUAAUGUAUAUACCGUAGUUUCAUAUGUAUGUUCAAAUCUUUAAUAUUAGUGUGAGAAGGGAAAGCAAAUUUUAUAUAUCAUUUUUAGGCAUCUUUUUAUUAUGCUGAUGUACCUGAAGGGUUAAGAUCUUUUAUUUAUUAUAUUUAAGCAUGUUAUUUGUUUAUUGUAACUACUUAAAAGGUACAAAUAAAUAUUUUGAAAUGAUAAAUUUUUUUAACAUUAUCAACAUUUAAACUUUUUUAGAUGUUGGUAUGAAAUUAGUUUUAUAUCAUGAUUAAAACUAUAAGUUUUUUACAUGUACAUAUUUUUAAAAAUUAAUAAAUAUUCAUUACAAUUAA